AACGCCAUCGUAAACUAUUGCACGUUAAUUUUUACUACGGCGUCCAACAAACCGUAUCAGUGUGUUUGUUCACGGACGCAGUUACACAUUUCGCUAACAUGUGAUAAAACAAACAAAUUUCAGGCACGUAGUGUGGUGUGUAAGUAAACGUUCCGCGUUUUGCCAGGCGGUUUUUCAUCUUGUGGUGUUAUUAUGGUUUCGGUGGCGAAUGGGAUACUCAAUAGGCUUGAAGGAUUAGCAGUACUGAACGAUGAAGAGGAUCCGUGGAGCACCUUCUCGAUAGCCGUGUACCUUCUCAUCCCCGUGGUCGCCCUAAUAGUUUUAUGGGGCAGAAAAGACAUCCGAUCGCGACUUCUGCUGCAGCUGGACCGAAACUGCAUAUCAGUGUUUUGUCCGUCACUGAGCAAAAGAGAGAAGCUCCUGAAAUGGGCCAGUGGAAGACUGCCGGAGAAUUGGUCCUCGCAUCUGAGGACCCUUUCAGGUGGUAUCGGGGAGUUUUGGAACGACGGUUCCCUGUUGUGCACCCUGAUAAACACAGCUGUCCCGGGUGCCUGCCCCAACCCCCACAGACACUGGAAGAAGCCACCCAUCCAUGCCCAGAUCGUCGCCCACAAAUAUCUUGGAGUCGACCAGAAUUUCACCGAUAAAGAUUUAUCUGGGAAGUUGACCAUGAUACAGGAGCGAAGAUUUAUUCAGUAUCUAUACCAGAUUUAUAUGGCAAUGAGCAGCUUGCAAUCUGCCAAAGAUUUCAGCGAUGCAAAAUUCUCCCACGAGUACGUAGCCAGAGGAAUGGGACUGUACGCUGGCGAAAGAUACAGAAAGACCACGUUUUAUUUGUACCCCAACAAAAGAACGAGGUUGAUUAACCACAUCAACAUUUCGAUUCGAGGACCUUACACAACGUACGGCAAAACUGAGAUUAAAUAUCCAUGCAUUAUACCACACAUCAGCAUAAACGAUUCGAAAAACAAAAAAAUGCUUAAAGAAUCGCGAAACACUUCUAUAUUUAGGUCGUUUAAUCUUGGAAUUGGUCCGUUUUUAAACAAGGAGGCUCUGGAGAACAACAACGACAUUCCCAUAGACGUGGAAUUUGAACAGGAUCGAAUCAGAGUCUCGUACAUACCGAAGAACUUCGGCAUGUACGAAAUUUUAAUAUUUUGCGACGGCGAAGUCAUACCAGGCACCCCUUACAACAUUCACAUCGUUAAUAGUACAACCGACAAGUGCGACUCGUUUGACGAAGAAACAGACAAUAAACAGAAACCUGAAAGAAAAGUAAAACGUUUGCCGAAAAUUACGCCUGUACAAGAAAAACCCUCGGUCGAUUUUUCCAGCUCUUACGACAUUCCCACGCUAACAGUAGAGGAAAUUAUAGAUGUGCCACAAGAAACUGGUAAAAUUUUGGACGUAACACCAGAGAAAGUAAUGCAAUUUUCAGGCAAAUCUAAAAACUUCAUAAACCAAAUUGAAAACAACAACAAACUAAAAUCAGCAGUUGACGAAGACAAGUGUGUUAAAUCAUUCGUGGGCGUGUCUGAAAUACAAACAAUUCUCGCGUCUGAUGCGGAUCCUAAAAUAAAUAAUCCCGAGUGUAAUAACAGCAAAAUUAAUUCAUCCCAAGAAGACAGUGUAGAAAAAAAAACUGAAACCUCAGCAAAUACUUCCCCAAUAUGUCCCGAUCAUAUUGUCCCCGAAGUACCAAAAAGAAAGUUAACUUUGUCUGAGAAAAGGAAGUCGUUUAGAAAACAAGACUCAGUAGAAGACCUAAACUCCACAUUUUCAUUUCCAGAAAAUGAGUCCAACUCCAAAUCGUCGUUGGACGAAUGGGAGAUACAGGAAGAGAAAAGUUACAUGAAAAGAGAAAUUUCAACCGCAAGAAGCCUGCCUAACAUCUCGUCAUCGAGUCCAGAGAAUAAGCAGUACUUCUCAAAGAAUCGAGCGUUCUGGGAGACCCUCUCGACAUCCAGUUCUGGUUCCUUCGUUAACAUAACGAGGUGCACGUCAAGAACUCCAACCAAAAGCAUUACAUUCAAGGAAAACUUGUGCAAGUCCUCGGAUGAUUUGUCGAAAGAUAUUAUGCAGCAUCAGGAAAUCAAAUCAUUCAAGUCCAUUGAUAAUUCGUUGGAUUAUUGCACCAUUUUUUCGAUCGAAGAACGCAAACAGUUCCUGCUCAAGAACGAAUACGAAAAGGAGAAAAUGAAGAGCAGAUCUCUUAAAAAACUGAACGUAGACAACAAUAAGUACAAUAACACGGACGUACUUAACAGUCGCGUUCAAGAGGACGAAAAAAAUCUCUACAACCACAAACAUGAGGACGAAGAUAAGGCGAUACAAAUCCGCAACAACAACUUCAUUCAAAACGACUUGGAAAUUGAACACGAGGGAAAACUCAAGACGCAUUUCAAAAAAUCGAUACAAUACUUCAAAAAUUUAGAAAAAUCUAUAACGAAAACGAAACCUAAAGACGAAACAAAUCCGGCUCCGAAAGUUAAAAGGCGAACGGGAAGUUUGAAGUUGUCGCAGCAGCUCAGCAAAUUUACAGAAUUCUUCGGCAAAAGUGAAAUCAACGGGGGCUCCACCUAUCCCAGAAUCGAGGGCAUCAAUGAUGACUUCAAGAAGUCGAGAAAAAGUGUCAAAUCCUUAUUUGACGUUUAUUAAGUAGACAUGGUUGUAUAUUUUUAGAAUUUGGUCGUUUUUUAUGGAUGUAUUUUUUAUUUAUUUAAAUUAUUGAAAUAUAAUUUUGUUAACAAUUA